AUGAGAGUUACGGAAGAGAGUCUCGUCGAUUGGCUGGGCUUGCCAACCUACCCUGGAAAUCGUUGGACGCGUGGUAUCUCUCCCUCGAGUGCAUCGGUGGUUGGUUUGGGAUGGACCGAGGCCGGCGGGACGAUGCUGGAAGUAGAGUGCCUGCCGAGCUCAGAGUGGUUGAUAACGGGGCAGGUGGGAGUGACGCUGCAGGAGACUGUCAGGAUAGCGGCAAGUUGGAGCAAGAUCACUAAUCCUAUGCACGUCAAUAUUGGCCCUGAUGUCCCAGCAAGGAAGGACGGUCCUUCUCUGGGCCUAGCGUUAGCGGCACUGUUCUGGGCGCAGCGACGAGAGCGAACGGUUCCUCAUGGGAUUGGUUUCACGGGGGCGAUAACGCUGAGUGGAGGAGUAGAGGGCGUUGGUGGUAUCCGAGAGAAGGUGGUGGCUGCGAGUUUGGGAGGGCUAAAAGUGGCGGUGUUACCCAAAGCGAACGAGGCGGAGUGGAAGGCGAUAGAAGAUGGAUUAAAGGAUGGGUUGGAAGUUGUUUUCGUAGAGGACCUGACGGAGCUCGAAGGCUUGCUAGAUGAGCUUGCGGAAUUGAGAAGGGAAAGUUUCAUGUAUGAAGUGUGA